AUGUCCGCUAUAAGCGCCCAACAAGUGACUGCCAGCGAAUCGAACAUGGAGGGCAUAGGUGUCGAGCGUACUCCUCCGGGAGGGUCUCCACCGCCAGCGAGCGCAACGACGUCGGCCUCAGCGCCGACGAACACGCACCCGCCGGUCCACGAUAAUAUGCGCGACACCAUCAGGUCCCUGCGCAAUAAUUUGAACAACCUUGCUGUCGGCGUGCAGCGUGUUAUCGAAGGUCCCUACGUGGCCGUGGCGUACUCCGACGAGUUCGAGAAUUGCGCCGUUGCGCUCUCUACCUGCAUUCGCGACUUCCACAACGCUCUCGUGAACGACCCCCUUAUCGUCGACACCGAGGCUGGUGCCCAGAUUCUGCCACUCUACCAGGGUCUCUUCCAUCAGCAGCUUGCCAGUGCAGCUGUCCUUCUCGACGACGACACCCUCAUGGACGAGGUUCUGCGCACUCGCCCGCGCACUGAAGGCGCCCUCCCCGUCGGCAUCGAUGUGCAGGCUGCCCUGACCAAAGCUGUCGAGGACGGCGUUCGCAUGGCCACGUCAGCCAUCAACACGUGGCUAUCGGCUAUCGAGGCCCAGCUAGUACGCGGGCGGCCGCUGCCACACCCUCCUCAGGCCCCUGAGGGACCGCGACCCCAACCUCCGGUCUGUACUGGUUGUCAACGUGCACCCGCCGCCACCUCUGGUGCUGCUGCCCCUGCAGCGCAGCCUACGACGCAGCCUGAGGCGCAGGCCCUGAAUACCCCAACCAUGGCACAGGUGGCCGCCAAGAACUGCGAGAAGUGCUACGUCCUUCUCAUUACUUCCGAGCAGCAUGCUGCCAUCGAGGCAGGGGGUACCAUGCCCCAGUGGUAUGCUAAGGUUCAUACGCACCUGCGCGAGACCCCCACGUGGGCAAAGGUACGUUUUCUCGGUCUUCGCUUCGCUGGACCGACCAAGGUCCAAGCGGCGUUUUCGCAUGAUUCCCCGGAUGCGCUCAUCAAGGAGUGUCUCCGGCCCAUCCAUCAUCUGCUGGGCGUGGUCCCACGCGCACUGUCCCCUGCACUGGGCCCUCGAGAGCAGGCAUCUGUCCCACAAGACUUCCGCCCUCUCGCCCCGGUAACUAAACUUUUCCUUCCGAGCUGCCCGCUCCGUCACCCUGACUCGGGAGACAUGCUCACUGAGGAGGAGAUUCUGGCGGAGCUCCGCCGCAACUCCAUGUUUUCCUCCAUUCAUUUCAAUGGUCUUCCCGGAUUUGUCGUUCCCCCUGAGCACCGCGAGCAGCUCGGGAAAUCCUCCCUUAUCAUUUCUAUUGAGGAUGUGCACUGCGACUUCUGCGCGCACAACCUCCUGGGUCGUGACAACCGCAGUGACGCUGCUGGUUUUGUAUGGUUUUACGGUUCUCGCCUGAUGGUUAAGAAGUCGAAAGAUCGUCCCGUGUUCCAGCCAUGGUGGGGGCAAAUCGGCAUCGAUACCCCCCAUGGCUCUGAGUCAGGCGCUACUGUUUUUGGUCACGUCAAUGUCUGGCCCUACGGCCUGGACGCCUAUCAUUUCCCCUCCACCUCUGCGCUGCCGCGACCUCGAGCCAGCAUCCUGGUCCGGCGCGUGCUCUUAAACACUUAUCACAUAUCCAUGCGUACCGACCUGGUGUCGGACCCGGAUGUGGUCGUCCUUCAUUUUGUCUCACGCUCUGAUCCCACCCACGACUUCUUCGUGGUCAACUGCUAUAACGAAGGCUCGCGAGCCCAACACCGCGUUUUGCCCACUCUCUAUGAUAUCCCUUUCCCACCGCGAGCGAACCUCCUUGUCACUGGAGAUUUUAAUCUCCACCACCCCCUAUGGUCAUGGACCGGACGGGCCUCCCGCUCUGCUUCCACUGCCUCCACCGCUUUCGCUGGGUGGCUCGAGCGCGAGUCACUCGAAAUUCUUAAUGACCUCGAUCAACCCACUCACAUGGUGAAUGGCGACCUGCUCUCAGGCACCAUCAUCGAUCUGCUCUGGUGGAACGAUGCAUGCGACACUGCCCGCGCAAAUGUCCAGGCGGCUCCUACUCGUGAGGAGAGGCGAGAAGCCAAAGCCACCCUCUCGGCCACCAUCCGACAAGCUCGGAAGGAUUGGACUCGGGAGGCGGUCGCGCGACUCCAGCACACUGACCCCUGGUGGCUCGCCUCCUGGACCAAAGGAGUGCGGGCGCCCCCACUGCCCGUCAUCCGAGCGGACGGGGUGACCGGCUCUCUCCCUGCCGACGCGGGUCGUCUAGUCACACGUUUCUAUUUUCCGGCGUCUCCGCCCUUGCCUAAUCUGCCUCCUCUCUUUACCUCUGCGCCUCCGGCAGCGCACCCAGACCGCCCCCUCCUUAUCACUGAAGUAACUGCCGCCAUCGAGGCGACGUCUAACUAUUCAGCGCCUGGCAUCUCCGGAGUGUCGUGGCGACUCCUUAAAUGGGUCUGGCGGUCUGGUGCGCGUCAUGCUCUUUUUCUUUUUCUUUCCUCUUCUUUGCGUCUGGGUUACCUCCCCGCCCCACUUCGGGCUGCAGCGGUUGUGUACUUGCCCAAGCCGGGCAAGGCGGAUUACACCGCACCCAAGUCCCACUGA